AUGCAGGCAGCUCGUCUCCCGACUCGGAUUGCCACCGGCGACGCUGAGGAGGCGCCGCAGCCCCCACCCGUCCACGCCCCGGCGACCCCCGCCGCUACGGACGGGCAGUUGACGGAUCAACCUCAGCAGGGUGUAGGCGAGGCGACGGUGCCGACGGAUCAGGGUGGGUUUCAGCCGCCCUCCGCCGAGGCCCUGGCCGCCCGGCAGAGCCGCAACAGCGCCGGCGCGGAGAAGAUGGGCGGCGGUCAGCGACUGAGAGACCACACAACGGCCCAGCGCCGCCUCAUGCAGGAUUACCGCACGUUCCAGAAGAACAUGGCCGAGGGCACCAGCUCCAACAUUACAGCGCUGCCUGUGGAUGGUGACUUCUUCCACUGGCACGCCGUCAUCUCUGGCCCUUGCGACACACCGUGGGAGGGCGGCCUCUUCAAGCUGGACCUCGUCUUCGGCGACGACUACCCUUUCUCGCCGCCAAAGGUCCGCUUCCGCACCAAGGAUGUCUUUCACCCCAACGUCUACGUUGACGGCAACAUCUGUAUGGACACGCUGAAGAGCAGCUGGCAAUCAUCGCUUAACCUAGAGGCGCUGCUGAUAUCGAUUCAGUCCCUUCUGUCAGACCCUAACCCGCUCUCUGCCGCCAACGGGGCGGCGGCGCGGCUCCUGACGGAGAACCGUAGCGCCUACGAGGAGAAGAUACGCGCCUUGGUGGAGGAAAGCCUUGAGCAGAGCUUUUCCAUGGAUGAUGAUAGCGAUGACGCGGAGUUGGAUGAGGAGGACGUGUAG